AUGGGAAAGCUGAGCAUAACUUCAUUCAGUCUGACUUUUCUUUAUAUGGUGGGUGCCUACGCGAGCGCUUUCUCUGGAAAGGAUUUAAGCCUCCCAACUCCAGUUGACGGUCUUUCGUGGACAUUUUACAGCACGAGUUGCCCAACGUUGGAGUUAAUCGUGAGAGAACUUAUUGAGUUUUAUCUGAAUCAAGAUAUCACGCAGGCGGCUGGCCUGCUUAGACUGCAUUUCCACGAAUGCUUCGUCCAGGGAUGCGGUGGUUCAGUUCUGUUGAACGGGACAACAAGCGAGAGGUUGGUUCCUCCAAAUGUAUCAUUGCGAGCAAUGGCCUUCACUAUCAUUAAUGGCAUAAAAGCGAGAGUGGAAGCCGCAUGCAGUGGAGUUGUGUCGUGCGCUGACAUCUUGGCUUUGGCUUCUUGUGACUCUGUCGACAAGGUCUGUAACCUCUAA